CAGUUAUAUAAGUUUACGAGCUCGCUACUGAAAACAAUAAAAUCAAAAUGUUCAAGUCAAUGCUAACAACUUAUUCGAUGUUGACAGCAGUUCUGGCUGUAGAAUUUCAGAUCACGAAUAAAGAACGCGGUCCAAUCCAGGUUGGUUUCCAAGGAAAUAAUGGUAAACCCGCUCUGGAAAACGGAGGAUUUAUUCUUGAACAGGAUGCAACAAGGUCAGUAUGGUCCGAAUCAAACUGGGCAGGUCGUAUCUGGGCAAGAACAUGGUGCGAUUACAACACCAAACACUGUUUAACUGGAGACUUCAAUCAACUGAUCUCAAAUUCAUUUCAGAUCGAACCGAUUGGAGGAAAAGGAGAUGGUGGUCAAUACAGUUGUAAAAAAUCCGCAUGUCCCCGCUAUCUCAAUGACGAGUGUCCAAAUGAGUUGAAACUGAACACAGAACAUGGAGUCGUUGGUUGCAAAUCAGCAUGUUUAGCAUUUAACACCGACCAGUACUGUUGCCGGGGUGCAUUCGGUACACCAGAAACUUGCAGAAGUUCCACGUGGCCUGUGAAUUACCCCAAAUUCUUCAAAUCGCGGUGCCCUGAUGCAUACAGCUACGCCUAUGAUGACCACAAGAGUACUUUCACUUGCCGGGCUGAAAAAUAUUUAAUAACCUUUGGACUUUAACAGCAUAUCAUAUUUGAAUUUAUCACGUGAUUUCUUCAUAACUGUAAUUAACUUGUUCGUUAUCGAAUAUCUAUAUCAUUUCUAUUCUAUAUUCCCGAAUAUGUUUGACAAAUUCUGAAACAUAUAACUUCGAACUCAAUAUUCGAUACAAUCAUCCAAGGUAUUUGUCGACAAUAUUUUUAUAAUGUUCGAAAUUGAGGAAAACAUCACCCAUAUAUUCAACUACUUAUCGUUUUGUUAAUGAAUAAUCGCUCAUAGAUAAUAAUAAAAUUAUUGGCAAUGAU